CGUGUGGUCGACGUUUGUUCUUCGGAUGUUUGGCGGACGCUCAGGUGUUUCAGUGUCAGGGUGCGCCGUCUGAAAAUCCGAGUUGAGAGAAACUCUCUCCGGGAUACUACGAACGGGGCAAGCCGCCAGUCCGCCAGUCAGUUAGCCGCUCCGGCCGUGCCCCUAUCGAGAGGAACAAUGCGAGUGAGAACCCUAGUGCUGGCACUAGCUGUGGCGUUGCCACGUUUUGUGCACGGCUCCGAUCUUUAUCCAGGACUUGUGUCGUUGGAGCGUACGGACAGUACAACCUUCGUAUCGGAGCCGAAUAUUUUGGAAAAUGUGACAAAACUGAAAAUCAACACCGUAGCUCCAAAUCCGAGGCCGAAGAAAGAAAACUUCAUAAGACUUCGAUCCCUGCCGAAGACGAAACUGGAUUGCGUCGACAAUGCACGGGAUAAACAGUUCACGCUCAAGUCCGUCAGGCGGGAUCUCCCCGGGACUUUCAGGUGCGACAACAAGUUCCUCUAUGUAUACCCAGAAGUGGAAGUGGAGAUCGAUCGAUUUUUCAACGUUAGCUUGGACUUCCUGAAACUCCGGAGCUCGACACCGAUCGAAGUCGAACCCACCGUGCCGUAUGGAAUAUCCUUCGAAAUCGGUCCGUCCACGGGCGUCGUCUUCGUUUCGGGAAUCGUCACCAGGCCUGGAACCUUGUUCUUCGCUCUCGAAUUUCUCUCGAGUGAAAACAAAGUUCUGUACAAACUCAGAGUCAUGCUCCUCCUGAAGAAGAACGAAAACAGAGCGGACGGAAUGGCCCUGGAGUUCCGGCUGCCCCCGAAAGAGACCGCGAAGGAUCUCAAUCUCACCGUCAUUCAGAAACAAAUCCGAGCGAUCAAAUGUGCGGCAGAGUCUUUAGCUGUGUCGCCAACGAGCUUCCACGGACUAAACCCCGAGCGGGAAUUCGUCGAGAGCUCAACUCUCCGAGCUCACGCUAGUUUCGCCGGGAAUGUGUGUGCUCCGGGUGCACCAGGGAGUGAAGCCACUGCCUGCAGCGAUUUCAUAAUCGACGAAACCACUUUCUCGAAGAUGAAAUGCAGGGAAGUCGUCAGAGAUCCGCCCGUCGGAGACCCGGGAGUCGAUUCGGAAACCGACUCGACAGAAACUGAGGAAAACACUGAUGACGAAACGGGUUAUGUGUCCGAUGUCAAGAUCCAGGACGGUGAAAUUAUCACGCUUUCGCCUCCCAUCGCCACUGAGGCUCCGAAAACAGAAAUCUCAUCGGGAACGACGGAGACGGUGGGACAAGCCGUUACGCCCGCGACGGAGACUCCGAGGACUCCCGAAAUCAAGGAAACAGUCGAUAGAUCUGGUGACGAGCCAUGGAACGAAGUCGACUCACGGGAUCCUGCACUUCACAUUCUGCCAAUGAAGCCCGUGCUCCUCCACGACGGAAUCCUGAAGCAGACUCAAGACGACACGAAUCUGAAGACAGCGUUGUACGGAAUGUUAAGUCUUUCGGCUAUAGCGAUUUCGGUGAUCUUCGUUUUCCUUUUCAGCAAGCUCGAGCUGUGCACGAAGAAAACCGGCUACGACCCAGUGUUCGUCGCAAGACAUUCGGACGAAAGCCCGAAAUUCGGCUGAUCUGCCCCUGUCGUGGAUAUGAGAAGCUGGGACACGGACCAAUAGUCAAACGCUGUCUGGUCAAAUUGCCUCGUGAACCGUCACAAAUGUUGGUUCGGGAGAUGAUGAGAGUGUAAUCGUUGAGCUUGGUAUUGUUUAUGAGUUAUUGCGAAUAAGUUAUUGCGAGCUUGAGCAAGUGACACGAGCUCUAGCGAGUAGGUCUUUUAAAAAUGUACAUAACGAAUACUUUAAACUUAUCCGUUCUGACCAAGGACCAUCGAAUGCGAAGAUGGACUGUUUGAUUUUAUAACUUCUUCUUUACUGGAAUGUUCCUAAGAACUCUGUACAAUACGUGAAUCCGAUCGCAAUGUCCGGAAGUCCGAUGUUGAUACAAUGUACAGGUCUGUGAAUAAAAUGAGAACUAUGGAUUAUCGCUAAUCCAUGGGAUUCCUACCGAAUCAGGUAAACUCAA